CAAAAAUCAGUCAUUGUCCUUUCCUUGUGUAUCACUGUGUCUUUUUCUCUUCUUUUUAUAUAUUUCAACAUGACUAAAAUAUUUGAAUCAAGGAAACCUGAGCCUUAUAUCAAAUCCUCUUGCAAGCAGUGCAUAACGCCAAUAGAGUUUUAUCCUGAAGGUAUAAAGACUGGACAAAAAGUAUCUGUCAAAUGCUGGGCUUGUAAUCAAGUGGAUCAAUAUGAAGUGACGGAUCCAACAAAGACUACAAAUAACAACAAGACAAAGAUACCUAAAAUGAAAGGAACAGACCAAAAACCUGUGUCAACUGAAUAUUACGAUUUACUUGGAAUAAACCCUUUAGCAAGUCCAGAAGAGAUCAAGAAAGCAUACCGUAAAAUGGCAGUUAAAUACCACCCAGAUAAGAAUCAACAUGAUCCAUCAGCAGAAGAAAAAUUCAAACGCAUCUCUGAAGCAUACCAAAUUCUUUCAGAUCCAAAACUACGAAAGAGAUACAAUGAAUAUGGCCAAGAAAACGGUGUGAAGCCAGAUGGUGGAUUUGUUGAUCCUGAGGACUUUUUCAAACAGUCAUUUGGUGGUGACCGAUUCUUUGAUAUUAUUGGAGAAAUUUCGAUUGGUAAAGACAUGAGAGAAGCAUUGGAAACAGCCGAAGAAGAUGAUAGCCAGAUGACGCCCGAAGAAAAGGCAGCGAAGGAAGCUCAGAGAGCCGAGUCAGAACAGGAAAGAAAUCGGGCACGAGAGGAACGUGUGGAGACGUUGUCAAGGAAAUUAAAAGAUAAGCUCAACAUAUAUGAUACCAAAGGUGAGAAGGAAUUCAAGGACUACAUCAAAAAAGAGGCUGAAGACUUGAAAUUUGAAAGCUAUGGUGUUGAGCUAUUGCAUGCUAUUGGGUUUGCGUAUGAUAUGAAGGUGAAUCAGUAUGCUAGUAAAAACUUUGCUUUUGGCCUCGGAGGCAUGUUUCAUUCUAUUAAAGAAAAGGGAUACAUCUUCAAACAGACAGUGGGUACAUUGAGGACUGCUUACGACUUACAAUCCACCUUUGGCGAACUUCAAAAAGCAGAAGAAAAGGGGUUAUCAGAGGAAGAGAGAGCAAAACUUGAAGAAACAGCUGCACAAAAGGGCUUAGAAGCUAUCUGGCGAGGAUCAAAAUUAGAAAUUGAAGGUGUUUUGCGUGAUGUUUGUGACGAAGUAUUAGGAGAUACCAGUUGCAGUAAAGAACAGAUUACUAGUCGUAUUCAUGCUUUGGGCAUUAUUGCAUCCAUUUAUCAAAAUGUGAAGCCAGAAGAUCAAACAGUUCCUAGCUCUUAAUAAACUCAUAUCUUUGCUAUUGCUUUGUAACCUAAAAUGAAACACUUGUAAG